ACUGUUUAUCUCGUGUUUACACUACUAGCUAUCUCUCAUCAACACCUAGCUCUCCAGUUCAAGCUUAGCCAUGUCUAGGGUGUUGGAGCCUCUCGUCGUCGGCAAGGUGAUCGGAGAAGUCAUCGACAACUUCAGCCCCACGGUAAAGAUGACGGCGACAUACGGCACCAACAAGCAGGUGUUCAACGGCCACGAGUUCUUCCCGUCGGCGGUCGUGUCCAAGCCGCGCGUCGAGGUCCAGAGCGGUGACAUGAGGUCUUUCUUCACACUGGUCAUGACUGACCCAGAUGUGCCAGGGCCUAGUGAUCCAUACCUGAGAGAGCAUCUCCACUGGAUCGUCACUGAUAUUCCUGGCACAACUGAUGCUUCUUUCGGAAGGGAGUUGAUGAUCUACGAGAGCCCCAAGCCCUACAUCGGCAUCCACAGGUUCGUCUUCGUGUUGUUCAAGCAGAAGAGCCGUCAGGCCGUGCGCCCGCCCUCCUCCAGGGACCUCUUCAGCACCCGCCGCUUUGCUGCCGACAACGACCUCGGCCUCCCCGUCGCCGCCGUCUACUUCAACGCGCAGCGGGAGACCGCCGCGCGCCGCCGCUGAUCACUGGCCUGCAGCAGCUGCACCAUGCACCUACUCAACCUUGCUCCGAUCCCCUUAAUUUGCAUGCAUGGCGCAUGCAAGGCCUAUCGACUAAUCAGUAUCAACCAACCUACGAUACAUUCCGAGCGUAUCCUUCAAAUAAGAGAACUCGCUGCCAAGCGAGCUGCAUGCUCGUCUAGCUAUGUAGUCUCCGCUGUUCAGUUCUUCAGUUAUUUAAUUAGCAGUCGAUUUGUGGUAUGUUUGUACUCGUGCCUAUGUACGUGUGGCACUGUGGUGUGAGUUCAGUACGUAUUUUCAGCUCCUACACAUGGAGGUGAUCAGUUGAAUGGAACAUAUCCAUCGUGCCGGGAACAUGCAUGCUGGCCGGGAGCUGUUAGAGGACUGAAGACCGGCGACGUGUCGGGUCGUGAAGGGAGGAAAGGGCCGUGGCCCAUGGGUCUAGUGCCCUCCCCUUCCUAGCUACUAUCCUGUUACGCUUGUGUGGCUGCUCGCUAACUGGAGCUUAGCUUGCAGAGUGUACUUGUUCCUCAUCGCUUUCGCUUGCUUUAAUUCGUGAGUUGGUGAUCGAUC